CCCGGGGAGGGAGACAUGCUGCCGAGGAGAAAUACUGGCCGGGGAACAUUUCAGGGUAUGAAUAGGCCAAGUGCUGAAAAGAUGAGUCUCAAAAUUGAUCUGGAAACAAACUUUGCUGAGUUGGUUAUAGAUGUAGGAAAAGUUACCCUUGGGGUGAAUCAAAGGAAGGAAAUGGACCCUCAACUGCAGAAGAAAGAGAAUGAAACCAUCUUGCAAGCAAUUUGUACUCUGCUGAAUUCUGGUGGGGGAGUGAUCAAGGCUGAGGCUGAGAAUGAUUAUGAGAGUCAUGGAUUGGACCUGCCUGAGACAUUCAGAAGCUAUUUAGAUGAGAUGCAGCAGGGAAACCUCUUUUUGAUUUUUGUGAAAUCAUGGAACACGGAGACCUCUGGUGUACGACUUGCUACCUUGUGCACCAAUUUAUACCACAGACUUAGAACAUUUACUGAUGUCAUGGAUUCUCAGGAAGCGCUGGCAUUUCUCAAGCAGAAGAGUCAGACUUUUAUGAAUAUUAAUAAUUCCAACUCGUUAAGUCCACAGGAAGUUCGGGUUGGUGCACAUGAAGCUAACAUGAAGGCCUCGGCCGCUGCUUUGUUUGAUAGAGCACAGCUUCAGUACCUGGAAAAACUCACCUUUACUGAGUCCACGCACGUUGAAUUCAAAAUGUUCACAGCAGAUGUGUCACAAUGCGUUAAAGAGAAUCUCCCCACAUGUGUUUCUGCAUUUGCAAAUACCGAAGGAGGAUAUGUAUUUUUUGGUGUGCAUGAUGAGACCCGUCAAGUCAUUGGAUGUGAAAAAGAGAAAACAGAUCUUACCACCUUGAGGAAUUCUAUUAAUGGCUGUAUUAGGAAGUUACCUGUCCAUCAUCUCUGUACGCAGAGGCGUGAAAUACAAUAUGCUAUCAAAUUCCUUGAGGUACACGAUAAGGGGGCCCUCCGUGGAUAUGUCUGUGCGGUUAAGGUGGAGAGAUUCUGCUGUGCAGUGUUUGCCAAAGUGCCUAGUUCCUGGCAGGUGGAGGACAACCGUGUGAGACAGCUAGCCACAAAGGAAUGGGCAGCUAAGAUGAUGGAAACCGACCCAGAUCUUUCCAGGUUUUCCGAGAUGGUCCUUGCACUGAGUUUGUCAUCCGGCACUCCCUGCAGCAGGACUGUGUGCACUCAUAAGAAUUUGGAAUGUCUUAAAGAACAGCAGGAACAUUACUUUCCAGUAUCAUCAGGCAGAGUGAUAUAUACUCCAAAAAGCCUCUACAAGGAACUCUUCUCACAACAUAAAGGACUCAGAGACUUAAUAAAUACAGAAAUGCGCACUGUUUCUGAAGGAAUAUUAAUAUUUUCUCAAAGCUGGGCUGUGGACUUAGGUCUGAAAGAGAAGCAAGGGGUCAUCUGUGAUGCUCUUCUAAUUUCCCAGGACAACACCCCAAUCCUCUACACCAUCUUCAGCAAGAAGGAUGUGGAAUGCAGGAGCUAUUCUAUGAUAGUCGCCCGUUGUUUGAAGCAAAGGCUGGUGAACACAGGUGGCUACACUGGGAGAUUAUGCAUCAUUCCCUUGGUCUUCCUGCUAAAUCCUGAUAAAACAGCAAACAUCCUUCAUGGUUCAGAUCUGCAGAUUUACCCCGAGUCCUAUAACCUUACGACCACCCAGCACAUGGAAGCUCUGUUACAGUCCCUUGUGAUAGUCUUGUUUGGGUUCAGAUCCUUCUUAAGUGACGAGGUGGGCUCUGAAGUUUUGAACCUACUCACAGACAAACAGUAUGAGUUGCUUUCAAAGAACCUGCACAAGACCAGAGAGCUGUUUGUUCAUGGCUUACCUGGGACAGGGAAGACCAUCCUAGCUCUUAGGAUCAUGGAGAAAAUCAGGAAUGUGUUUGACUGUCAGCCAGAUGACAUUCUCUACAUCUGUGAGAAACAGCCCUUGCAGAAGCUUGUGAGGAAGAAAAACAUUUGCCAGGCAGUGACCCGGAAAACCUUCAUGAAAAAUGACUUUAAAAAUAUUCAACACAUUGUCAUUGAUGAAGCUCAGAAUUUCCGCACUGAAAAUGGGGACUGGUAUGGGAAGGCAAAAUCCAUUGCUCAGAAGGAAAAGGACUGCCCAGGAAUUCUCUGGAUUUUUCUGGACUACUUUCAGACCAACCACUUGAGUUGCAGUGGCCUGCCUCCUCUCUCAGCCCAGCAUCCCAGAGAAGAGCUCACCAGAGUGGUACGUAAUACAUAUCCGAUACUCAACUACAUGCAAGAUGUCAUGCAGCAGGUCAGAGAAAAUCCUCCACCGAACGUCCCCCCCGGGUCCCUGGUGAUGCUGUAUGAACCUAAAUGGCCUCAAGAUGUUCCAGGCAACUUAGAGAUUAUUGAAGACUUGGACCUGGAGGGGGUGGUGAGCUAUGUAGCAGAGGAGUGCCAGUUUUUCAUGAGAAAUGGUUAUUCUCCCAAGGAUAUUGCUGUGCUUUUCAGCAAACAAAGUGAAGUGGAAAAAUAUAAAGAUAAGUUUCUAAUGGCGAUGAGGAAGAGAAAAAUGUCUCAGCUCGAUGAGGAAUCGGAUCUGUUAGUACAGAUCAGGGAUGCAUCAGAUAUUCUGGCCAAUCAUAUUGUGUUGGACAGCAUCCAUCGAUUCUCAGGUCUGGAAAGAAACAUCGUGUUUGGGAUCAACCCAAAGACAACUGAGCCAGCCAUUUCCAGCAAUCUCCUGCUCUGUCUGGCUUCCAGGGCGAAGAAACAUCUGUAUAUUCUGACAGUGUCUGUCUGAUAGGAAGAUCCCAGUCUAAGAAGCAGCUAGGUAGCUCUCAUCUCUACUUAACUGUGAAACUACUUAAUCUAAACAUUUAAACAUCAAGUAUUUAAUGAGCACCCACUUGUUAAGCCUCAUAUUGUUGGAGAUAGAGAAUGAGGUGGCAAACAAAACAGAUAAGAGUCCUCUUUUGGGGCAGAGGCAAACCACUGGCAAGGAAACAAAUACAAGUACAAGGAAUUUCAGAAAAUAAUUCACAGGAAGUUGCAAAGGCAGUACAGAGUAGUACAGAAGGGCUCCUGGAUCCUUCACCCAGUUUCUAGGCCAUUGAUUUUUAAUAGGAUUAUUGUUAUGUUUGGGUUUUAAUCUACCCCAUUGCUGUUUGUUUCCUA